UCUUAAUUCUUAUUUAUAAAUUGCAAACGAGAAUCGGUGUGAGACACGCGCCAACCCGAUUUCUCCUCCUAGCACGCGGACCAUGAUAAAGCAUGUUGACGCUGACGUAGGCUGGUGGUGGAUACCGGAGGAACACAGCCAGACCUCCACACAGCGAGCGGAGAAAACAACACAUAGACAAACACAGGAUGGAUAACCUCGCCGAUGGUUUUCUGGGAAUAUCAUCAGACUCGAGACGCGUAGCUGGGUCGGACGGAAGGCACAAUAGAGCGCCUCUCAAACCGUGUUUAAUUGCGGAUUAGGACGGAGAGGGGGGGAUCAAACAGGAGGAGGAGAGGGGGGUAGGACGAAGAGCACAACAAGGAGACGCUCUUUAUUAUUAGGGGGGGAAGAGGCGAUAGACCGGAGACGGUAGGCUACCAGACGGUGGCGGCGGGUAACGGGAGAGGACCCAAAGCAUCGCUCGAAUGGUGAUGCCGAGGACGAAGCGACGAUGCGACGACACUGCUGGGUGAUAGCGCUAGCGGGGAUGAUGUACUUCAACCCGGAGCGAGCGCUCGGAGCCCCGCAGAGAGAAGUCUCUCAAUCCAGGGCCUCGUUCCUCUCCCCCCCGCCCUACGUGGUCAUCCUCAUCUCUUGCUCCGGGCUGGUCUCCUUCGUCCUGCUGCUCCUCACCUGUCUGUGCUGCAAGAAGGGAGGAGUGGGAUUCAAUGUAAGUCUCCAACAUGAGUUUGACAAUGCGGACGGGGAGGAGUGCUCGGCAGGCUCCAGCCCGGUGCAGGAGGACAGCCUGUCCUCCUGCCCCUCCCUCCCUGAGGUGUACACCCUGCCAGUCAGGGACCGAGCCGCCUGCCCAGCCCUGCAGGACGGAGCAGAUUCCAAAUCUCAGUGCUUUAAGAGGCACACGCUGAAUUAUCUGCAGGAGAUUGGAAAUGGCUGGUUUGGAAAGGUGAUCCUGGCAGAGGUGCUGUGUGAUUGCAGCUCGUCCCAGGCCAUCGUAAAGGAGCUCAGGGUCAGCGCCAGCCCUCUGGAGCAGAGGAAGUUCCUGGCUGAGUCAGAGCCGUACAGGAGCCUGCAACACCCCAACAUCCUGCAGUGUCUGGGCCAGUGCAGUGAAAGCGUCCCCUACCUCCUGGUCAUGGAGUUCUGUCAGCUGGGCGACCUGAAGCGAUACUUGCGGGCCCAGAGAAAGUCAGAUGGGAUGACCCCUGACCUCCUGACCCGGGACCUCUUGACCCUUCAGCGAAUGGCCUUCGAGAUCACCUCCGGCUUGCUGCACCUUCAUGAAAGCAACUACAUCCACAGUGACCUGGCUCUGAGAAACUGCCUGCUGACCUCUGACCUCACAGUUAGAAUAGGAGAUUAUGGCCUGUCACAUAACCACUACAAGGAUGAUUAUUACCUGACCCCAGACAAGCUGUGGAUCCCUUUACGAUGGAUUGCCCCUGAACUUCUGGAGGAAUACAGAGGAUCCCUCAUUGUUACCGACCAAACCAAGACCAGCAAUGUGUGGUCCUUGGGAGUGGUGAUCUGGGAGCUGUUUGAGUUUGGCUCCCAGCCUCAUAGACACCUCAGUGAUGAAGAGGUGCUCACCUUUGUCAUCAGGGAGAGGCAGAUCACCCUGGCCCAGCCCAGGCUCAAAUUGUCCCAUGCAGACUACUGGUAUGAGAUCAUGCAGUCCUGCUGGCUGCCUCCAUCUCAGCGUCCCUCCGUAGCAGAAGUAUUUCUCCUCCUCUCCUCCCUCCUGGCAGCUGAGCGAGGGAUCGCCAGGGGCAGUGUUGGCGAGGAAGAUGAAGAGGACGAGGAGUACAACGAGGGCAGCAGAGGGAGGAGAGGAGAGAGCGACGAGUCCUUCGAGAGACGCUGGGACUCCCUCCGUCCACCCGCCUUUCAGACCGCCACAACUGAGCGGCAGAGAGACAGAGAGUACAGCAGAGAGAGAGACAGAGACAACUCCUACCCUCUGCUGGACCCUGUGGGGAACUGCAUCAGCCCGUCCUCCUCUGAGCUGGAUGACAUUCUCACAGUCACCGAAACCAGCAAGGGCUUAAACUUUGAGUACUUCUGGGAGAAGGCCCACGCAAGACGGGGCUACAAACCUCUCCCUCCUCCCCAGUCCAUCCCGACGUUGAACCAUACCCACAGGCAGUCCCUGGACACUCCCACCGUCGUUCCGGUGAUCAGCGCCCGCAGCCCCUCCCUGGCCAGUGAAUACUACAUCCGAUUAGAGGAACACACUCCUCAGGAUCAAUCGCCCACUCUGAAGGGGAAACUGCAAGCGCCCUACGGCUCUGACUCCAUGUGCCCCGGAGACAUGGAGCUCAUGGAGAUCCGCAGCGGGAUGCUGGGCAAGGAGCGAGCGCCGUACUCCACUGACGGUAGAACGCUCGGCCGGAGCGUCCAGACGGUCCGCUCCAGUGAGGUACAGCUCCAGGUGACCAACACGGGAGUGGCGGAGUUCCGGGACACGUCGUCCCGGGUGACCGACUUCUCAGUAGUGGACCUCGGCGACGACGAGGAAGAGGAUAGGAAGCGGGGUGGCGAAGGAAACAAGUACUCGUCCAAUGUUUCCCAUGCCCCGGUUCUUCCUCCGAAGCCACGCUCCAUGUCCAUGUCUUCAGCCGGCCACCUGCACUCCCGCCCUCUUCCGGCCCCUCCGCUGGGAUACCACAGAGGGCUGCCUCACUACACCCUGGGUGGAAGAGUGGAGACGGACCCCCAUCAUAUGGGCAGCUGCCCACCGUCCGCCUUUGACCACCUGGGACUCCAUCGUUCGCGCCAGGCCCUACCCCCGUCGCCAUCCCUCUCCCCGUCCCUGCCCCCGUCAAGCCAUCCCAUUUACUCCGCAGCUCCAAUGUGUCCUCCCCCUCUGCCUCCCCACAGCAAGCCCAUGAGAGGGUACCCCAGUUACAACAUGGCAGACACUUACUCCCGAUACAGCCGCUCACACAUCCACACUCAAAGAGACCCGCUAUCCUGUGAAGAUCCUGACCGGGAGGAAGGUAUGAGGCGCGCAUCGUCGUUGCGCAACUCCAAGGAGCAUUCCCAUUCCCGUAAGAAAGACUUUGACUCCCCCGUACGGAGAGUGAACCUCUUGCGGCCGGUCUACCGCAACUUACCUCGCACCCAAAUCCCGAACGAGGGGCGUUCAUCGUCCUCCAGUCCGACCUACUCGGACGAGGAUGACUCCCCCUUCACGUCCCCCGUAAGAACGAGCUCCACCGUCGGCCACUCCAGCCUGUCUGAGGACGCAGACCCAGCCACAGCAGAGCUCUUCUCCCGGGGGAUGAGGCGGACCCAGUCCCGCCUGGCCACUCUCCUUCCCAGCAUAUGGAAGGAGGACGCCGACCUGCAGGCGGAGAGCGUGGCCGCUGCCCGGAAGUCACCCCUGCAUUUGUUCCUGACAGAGAUAACCACCUCGACAGAGUCCGGCGAGUCCAAGGAAGACACAGGGGAAGAAGAGAAGCAGGAGAAGAAGGGGGAGGAGAGGUGGGGGAAUUAUAUUUUUCCAAACCGAGGGAUGCGCCGAUCGCAGUCCCUUGUCACGGAGCUGAGCUCGGCCGAACGCUCGUGGGGGACCAACAGACACGGUGACAGGACGGGCCCAGAGGGGAAGUGUACGGUCACCAAGGAGUCUUUUCAAAGGGAACUCUUUCUGACAGAAAUUGACACACAGAACAUAGACCAAGAUACAGAGGAAGAGUUAGAACAAGACUCUGUGAAAUACCUCCAUCCGGUGUCCAGUUUGCGGCCCUAUGUCUGCGCCCCCGGUCUCCCCUCCUACAGUGAGGCUGAAGAGGCCUACUCCAAGGGGAUACGGAGGUCCCGCUCGCUCCUUGCCGAGAUGACCACUGGGGGGCCACGGUCAGAGCUCCAGGACCCUGAGACGGAGCCCCGGAAGAUGGAGAUGACCAGGGAAGAGUUCAUGAAGGAGAUCCAUUCCGCUGAAACCUUCUUGACGGAAAUAAUUUCUCGACAAAAAGUAACAACAGAAAAGAAGGACGAGGAGUCGGCCUACUCUCCAACCCCGAUGUCCCCUGAAUACGAGUCCAUAUGCAUCGACCCCGACUCCUCCCAGACCAUCUGCUUUCAAUCGGAGAGCUCAGUACGAGCGUCAAACAAGGGAAAGGAUGAGACACAAAAGGAGGCCAUCUACGCUCAAGUGACCAAACGGGCUAAGAAGAGCGAGAUUAAGGUUACAAAAAGACCUGAUAUCCCAAUCCUUCACAUAGGCCCAAAUAAGCAGCCUGGAACACAGACGGACCCGGACACAUAUGACUCUGAGACAGGUGGAGCCACUGUCGAUACUUUGUCACUUACAGAACAACUAUGCCAACAAGGUGGCUUGUUUUCAGAGAAAAUGCCCAAAAACGGUUUAUUGUUCAGCCAACCGUGUGAUAAAGAGGAAAACGAGUGUUCAGAACGGCCGGCUUUACCCGCCAGAGGUGAACAGAGACAUGGGGAGAUGUCAGCACCAUCUCACAAUGAGCCCACUGGACUGCAGUGUGAAAACAAAACACCCUUUUCACAUGAGACUGACCAAUGUGAAAAGACUGGUUUCAUGAAUGCUGGUGAUAUUCUGAAGGAUGAUCUACCAACUGGCAGUGCUGUCCUGAAAGGCAGCAGUUUGCAAAGUAAUGAUUCUGAUGCGACAAUAUGCAUAACAGAAGAAGAACCUGCCACUCAGUCCAAUCUAGCUAAGAUUCUUGCUUCUGGAAACAAUCUUGAAAGCUAUCUGAAGACCCAACUGACUGAGGAGAGCAGUACAGCUGAAUUCCAAUCUGCUCCAACUACGCCUGACUGGGACCAAUCCUCAGAUAUCUCUCUUAUGACCCCCAGUGACUCGGUCCUGUCCCCAAUGACCUCCAGCUCAGCCGACUGCCUCACCCCCAGCGACUCUUGGCUCGGGGGAGGCGGAAGUGGAGGGUGGAGAGCUCUGGGAAGUGAAACGCCUCAUCGAGAUUCGGCCUAUUUCUCCGACAGCGAGUGGGAGGGCGAGGGCCUGAGUCGGAGGGUCGCCGAAGGACUGGGGGCCUCGAGGCCUGGCAGCGGGCGAGGGGGAGAUCGGGGAACGCUGACAGGAAUAGAGGAGAAGACAGAGGAAGAGGGAGAGACAGGAGGAAAGAGUCCCCUCAAACAGACUGCUGCGGAUUCAGAUAGGAAAUCUCAAGCUGAGGACUGGGACACGAUUGGGAUGUCGGAGAACGAGAGGGAUCAUUACCAGAACGCUCCUGAAAAUGAUGUGUCCUGUAUGGAUCAUGAGAAAAAUAUUCAUAAUAGCAGGCUAGAGUUUGCCCAGAGCGAUGAAUCUGGCAUAUUCCAGAAUGAGUGCAGAGAGACAAAUAUGAAGGGCUUCAGCAAUUUAACAAAGCAGUCAAAUUAUUCCCAGUCCAAGGGUAGCGUUGAAUUCAUUGCUAAGAUGUUUUCCAACUUGGAGGACGAGCCUGGGCUCUCAUAUGGGGACACAGCUCAGGUAGACAAGCACCACAUAGACGGCAUUGUCUCUCACAUACAGAUAACCGAUUGCAAACAUCAGGAUUCUACAAAGGAGUACUCGCAUCCCAAGAACAUCACAGAGACAAAUACUUUGGAUGAGAGUAGCUCUGGCAGUCAGUCAAAGGAUAGUUUGUCAACAUCCGACGAUCAAGAAAGUGCAAGAAUUACUCAAUCAGAUAUUGAUUCUCCUGCACAUAAUUCCCCCUGUUCUGGGAACAGCAGUGAGGAAUCCAUGACGGCAUCUCAUUUUGACAAGCAUGAAUCUCGCCUGUCACGGUUCUAUGGCAUUCAAACCAGCAGCACCCCAAUUGAAGAUGAAUCCUCCACACCAUUGGAUGCCAGCGAUGAGAAGUGUGAAGAGGAUACGAUCAGCCCUCGAGCGGGUACCUUUUGGCCCGAGGGGGGUGAGGAAGAAGCGGAGGACCAUGAAGAGAGCCCUGGGCUGGAGCUCCAGAACACAGAUGCCAACGAGCUGGGCCUGAGGAACCUGUGCUAUUCAGCCAACGGGGAGGGCUCUAUGGACGGAGCCAAGACAGAGACAGAGAACCAGCUGGCUGCCGGGGAGCUGAGUAAUGCCAAGAGGGAGAAGUCCCCCCAGAGGGCCGAAGUAAAGCAAGAUCAGAAAGCAGUUGUUCCCGUUAAAGAUACGACUAAAGAGUCCCCCGAGGGCCUGGAGCAGAAGAGGAAAGAGCUGUGGAACACCCUAGACGAGGAGGAGGGCAGGACAGGCAGAGCGGUUAUCACCGGAGAGCUCGACUGUCACCGCUUCACUCCAAGCGACCUGCACCUGUGGCCCGCAGAGAACGACCAGUGGGCAUCUCCGGAAAAUAGGAGACAGGAUGUGGAGCUGAGGUCAGAGUUCCUCUCUGGGUUUGGUGGGAAGGCCUGGGAGGUUGGAGAGAGGCUCGUGGUUGGAAGAGAGUUCUGGGAGGCCGAGGAGAAUGAUGAACUGGCUGGAAGUGAACCUCAUCCAGCUGCCCUGGAGGGGAUUGAGGUACCCUGUAAUGUGGAGAGACAGGGGCUGAUCGACAACCUUGAAACUCAUGAUUCAAUAGUUAGCGACUGUCAUCAGGAUUUGGACAUACAGCAAAAUGAAAAUAUUGAAAGUCUAGAAGAAAUUGAUGAUUCCAGCAUAGAUGCAAUCACAGUGAUCGAAGUGGAGAAUCUGGAAAUCCCAGAGCAAGAGAUAUUGGAAGAUACUCUUAACGAAACCACGCCAGCAGUAGAUACGGUGAAGAACAGUGAAGGGCAGUUAGCGUUUUCAGAAGAAGAGAAUCAGAAUUUUAACAGGUGGCCUUCAAAUCAACAGUCAGAUGAAGUUAUUGAAAAAGACGCAUGCUCUUAUUCAGAGAACCAUUCCACUGACACAUUGGAGAACGUUGUUACUUCUAUUUUUGUUUCUGAGGCUCCACCUAUUGUCAUUUCAAGUCUAGAAGAUGUUAUACCAGAAAUCAACACUAAAAGUGCCCUCAGUCCAGAGCUUGAAGACUUUGACAUUGAAAAGAAAAUAAUAACGUUAGAUGGUGGGAAAGAUUCAAAUGGUGCAUCCUUUGAACAAGAGCCUUUGCCCACGACCAGUGCUGUUAAUUUGCCUGUGCAGGCGGUCACAGAGACUUCUUAUUCCCAGGUGGACAAUUUCAGUUCUUUGGAUUUCCCUAGUCCUCCACACAGCAUAGAUCUGGAUGUGCAAGAUGACAAAUUAGAGAGUUUAGAUGACUCAUUUCCUAGUCCGCCACCGUCUCUCAUCGAGGGAGAAGAGCUGAUUAGUCACAUGAAUCUGGAGGACUUUAUUGCAAGCACGGAGACAAAGAAAUGCAAUGCCCUGUCCUGCAUUGCAGGUGACUCUUCGAUAGAGCCUCCAGCUGAUACACCUGCUCCAACACAAAGCAAAGGCAUCUCGGCCAACCUAAAUCUCUCACCUGUAAUUAUUACAAUACAAAAUGAAAGUGGAGUCACAACUGAUUUAGGGGAGCACGAUGAAGAUAAUAACCAAUUGCAGAAGACAUUGACCUCCUCCAUGUCUCAACAACAACAACAAUAUCUGCAACAACAACCACCACAUUCCCUGAACUCCCUCCCAGAGCUGCUCAUCUCUGAGUGGAGGGAUUUGGAUGAGGAGCCUCUGGAGGACUUUGAGAAGCUGGAGCAACUGUGCCGCAUAUCUGGGGAUGAGGAAGACUUCCUGGGGAACCUGAAGCUCCUGGAGUCUCUGAAGAUAAACCCUGAGCAGGAGGUCGUCGGUGCUGAGGGCCACCACGAUGAGGAGACCAGGACCCACGGGGCCACAGAGGAGCUGGACUCAGAGAGCGCGGCGGAGCCUGCAGCGUGUGUGGACCAGGAUGGUCAGGCCAAGCUGACCCCUCAGGAGAAGCGGUCUGACACACACAGCCCAGAACCAGGCCUGUCCUCAGGUCACCCACCUGAUGUCAAGGACCAGGGUUCUCUCUCCAAGAUGCCCACCAAGAACGGCCUCAUGAUGCAGGUAUGCGAGGAAAGGUUACAGUUCUCCUUGAGUGAGAACGUCCAAACCAAUGUGCUGUGGGGGUCCACUAUGGAAGAGACUGUGACACUGCGACCAUGGGGGGCCCAAAGCAAAGAUGGCACUGUGGAUUCAGUCAAAAUGGAAGACAAAAAUGCAGAGCAAAGCCAAGAGGAGCAGGCGGUGGCCCCGGGCCUGGGUCCCAGCAGCGACUCUGCGCUGACAGCUGAAUCGCUGCCUGUGAUUGAACAGCACAAGGCUACAUCCGUACCAGCUCUAGGAAACCAGGCAAUGAAAGCCAAGCUCGCUCGCCUCUCUCUUGCUCUCCCACCCCUGACUCUCACCCUUCCAUCUGGGAAAGGCGGAUUUGGGGAGGGGGGCCUCAGUAGUCGGCUGGGGCGGGGGAGGAGGGGACUCUCCCCAGGGAGCGACCCAGAAGAGGAGGAGGAGGAGCAGGAGGAUGAAAGCUCUAGAAGGGUGAUCGUCAUCACGGAGACAGACGUGGACAAACGUGUGGGCCUGAGGAGUCUGCUGAAGUCCCCCAAGGAGCCCAUGGACAAGGAGAAAUACAGAGGGAGGAACGUCUCCUUUUUCGAUGAUGUCACGGUCUAUCUGUUUGAUCAGGAAACUCCAACGAAUGAGUUGAGCAGCUCCACUCCCAGUCCAACUCCAGCUUCUGGUAAAAGCACCAAGUUUGAUCUACAUGGGUCCAGCGCCAGAAGCAAAGAAUCCAAAAGAAAAGACGAGCUGCCAGUCAAAGCGAGGUCGCCGGUAGGGGCAAACCCAGUGAUGGCGUCUCGCUUUACAGUCAGCCCCGCCAACGACCCCCACAUGGUGGGAUAACCAUCAGAGCUGACCCCUCCCCCCCCCCCCCCCCCCCCUCCUGAGACUGGCCAGCCAAACGUCCCAACCCCACAGCCAUUUUCUCAGAGGCUAUUUUUUUAUUGAAUAGGCAAUGGAAGAAAAAAAAUAAAGACUCCCGUUCUAGACGCUGACCACAUUCUAGAUUUUACCAGCUGCAGGAUUUUGUAUGACUAGGGUCGGUGAGCUCCUCCCUGCCACUGUUUUCUGGAGUUUAGUCCUAGUCUUUGGCUGAUGAAGGUCUGAUAAGAGGCGAAGGCAUAAGUCCUGGAAGAAGGGGAGCCUGGAGCUUUGUAAAAUCUCUAAACAGAUUUGACGGCUAUGCAAUGGGAGUCUUACUGUGUACCAGCUUACCUGCUCCUUUUCUGCUUCAUUUCGCUGUAUUUUACCCCCCAGAUGUGCAGGUUAAGCACUUUCUUGAGUCAUCUUAUCUGUCUAUUUAAAUGCUUGGACUCAAUUUUUCUCUUUAUAAAAAAAUAAGAUUUUUAAUUGCAGUCAGUCAGUUAUUCUUGUAGCCAGCAGUUGGGUAAAUCAUGUUGACUCCUUUAUUCAAAGGAUACUCACUUAAACAUUUGUAAAAAAAAAAAUAUCAUUACAAGUGUGUGAAAUAUCCGUUUAGAUCCUCUUAAGUUUAGAUGUAUUCUUAAGCUGCACGGAAAAAAAAUUCUUCUUUUUGAUUACAAUUCGAAAGGUAUGUUUAUAACUUAUUUAUUAUUUGUAUGUACUUGGUAUUUCACAUAAGCCAAUUUAAUACACAAAAGCAUUACUAUUAUUAUUUAUUUAUUCAUGUAUUUAUUAAGUUAUAAAUAUAUUUGCGCUUCGUUCCAAUAAUUUGAAUUAACAUAUUUCUUUAGGACAGAUUCAGUAAAUGUUUGACCUUUUUUUGUUCUUUACAAAUGAAUUGCUAUUUUCCCUAUUUGCUAAAAAAGUAUUUUGCAUAAUUCCAUCUGUUAAAAUAUGCCAUUCUGUAGAAAAAUAUGUCCUGUAAUGUCCUAUUUUAUUUGACGUCAAUGGAUUUCUAGCUGUCUUGUCAUUAUUUUACUUUGUUCAAUGAAAAUGUAUGUAGCUUAGCAUGAAAAAGGAUGCCAUUCAUUAGUAAAUAACUCCCAUUUGUUGGUGUAUCUGUUCAUUUUCCUCAUUUUGUACUAAUAACCAUCCAUCUUGCCGUCGACAACCAACUAGUCCCUUUGUUUAGUCUGUUAUAAUGUUGGUUUAAACCUGUAUUGUUUAAGGAUGGUUUUCAAGGGAUACUGUAUAAACAAGGGUAAAUAAAAACUUAAAACUGUGAAA